GUUGAUGAGGGUUGAAAUUCCUAUACAAAUUGAGAUCCCCUCUGCUUCCUAUCAGCUCUGGUCGAUCCCCCGCUCCUGGGUGUCAGUCGCCGUUUCCCCAUCCUGAUCAAUGCCGCGUCGAUUUUAGUCGCACCAUGAAGAUGUGGAUGAAAUUGACAAUACUGUUUCUCAAACUCUCAUGGACUGUCUAUUUUGUAACAGCCAUCCAAAGGAAAGACAUUUUCCCCUAUGGGCCAGUCAACGGCGAUUUAAUUCUUCAGGAGGGGGACGAUGAAACCUCCGAAGCUCUCGAGCUAAAGAAGCCAAUGUUAUUCUAUGAAGCGCAGUUCACCGAUUUAUACGUGGCCACCAAUGGGAUUAUAUCAACCCAGGACCUUCCGAUGGAGAAGCAGUAUGUGGACGACAGCUUCCCCACCGACUUCCCCGCCAUCGCGCCCUUCCUGUCCGACAUCGACACAAGCCGCGGCAAAGGCGCCAUCUAUUACCGGCUGGAGGAGUCUCCCAGCGUGCUCAACCGGGUAGCGCAUGAAGUGAACAGGGGCUUUCCGGACGCGCGUUUCACACCCACCUACGCUGUCGUCGCCACCUGGGAGAACGUGGGGGCUUACGAGGAGUUGAGCCGUAACGCGGGGCCGUCCAACAGGGUGAACACCUUCCAGGUGGUGCUGGGAUACGAUGAGACGGACUCGUACGCCCUGUUCCUGUACCCGGAGGACGGGCUGCAGUUCUUCGGCACGCGGCCCAAGGAGUCCUACAACGUGCAGCUGGAGCUCCCGGCCCGAGUGGGCUUCAGCCGGGGCGAGGUGCCCUUCCUCAUCUUCUCCCGCACCGAGGGGCCCUACUACAGCCUCACCAGCAACGAGCAGAGCGUCAAGAACCUCUACCAGAUGGGGAAUACCGGCGUUCCUGGGAUGUGGCUGUUCCACAUCGGAAACGGCUACUCCUUCCAGAACGUGGUCCCCGCAGCCCUCGGCGUGCCGGUCCCCACAGCGGCUCCACUGGGCCGGGGGGGCGGGCACGGCACCGCCCCCGAAUACUACCCUGACGAUCCCUUCUACGACCCCACGGACGACGACUACCCCACCAUCGAGCCCCAGCCCGAGUUCCUGCACCCGGGGCAGCGCGACCCCACCCAGCUGCGGCCCUCCCUCAUCGGGGUGCACGAGACAGAGGCCCUGCCGGGGCUGUCGCACCUCCAGCCGUACGGCGGUGACCUCCCUCUGACCUCUGACCCCCAGCACCCCGAGGCCCUGCCCCCCCUGUCCCCAGCCUCGGGCCCUGGGGAGUACCCCCUGCCAGAGCCCCGGAACCUCCCCCUGGAAGAUGAGGACCAGCACCCUGGCCAAGCGGCCUACCCUGGCAGGGAGGACACCCCCCGCCUGGAGAGCAGACCGCCCUACGCCCCCGACCACCACGUAGUCAGUGUGGAAGAGGACGUGGAUUUCGACUCUGGAGUGAUCCACUACUCCACGGAGAGCAAGGAGACGUGCCUCAGGUUCCCGCACCACUGCUCGCCGAACGGCUUCUGCACAGACUACCCCAGUGGCCUCUGCUGUCACUGCGACGCCGGCUUCUAUGGCAACGGCCGACACUGCCUGCCAGACGGCGCCCCUCAUCGCGUGAACGGGAAGGUGAGCGGCGAGGUGAUGGUGGGCUCCACGCCCCUGCGGCUGGACGACGUGGACCUGCACGCCUACAUCGUGGUGGGGGACGGCCGAGCCUACACCGCCAUCAGCCAGGUCCCGGAGCCCAUUGGCUGGGCCAUGAUGCCCAUGGCUCCCAUCGGUGGCCUGUUCGGCUGGCUGUUCGCCUUACCGCUCCCCGGGCACAAGAACGGCUUCAGCGUCGCAGGUGCCGAGUUCAGACACGUCGCGGAGGUGAUCUUUUACCCUGGGAACCAGCGGCUGACCGUGAUCCAGACCGCCCAGGGCCUGGACUCGCAGAACUACCUCAGCCUGCAGACCCGCAUCCACGGCAGCGUGCCCUUCAUUGCCCCCGGGUCCACGGUGCAGAUCGAGCCCUACAAGGAGGUGUACCAUUACUACCCCUCAGUGGCAACCUCCAGCUCGCUGCGGCAGUACACGGUGGUGUCGACUGAGGGCGGCUCGGAGACCUUCUCCUACCAGCUGCGGCAGAACAUCACGUACAGGGACUGUCGCCACGGCCCCCGGACCACCCCCGACACCCAGCAUCUGCACGUGGAGCGCACCUUCGUCAUGUACGUGAAGGAAGAGCGCAUCCUCAGAUACGCCAUCACCAACAAGAUCGGGCCCCUGGGAGCUGAGCUGACGGAGGUGAACCCCUGCUUCGCCGGGACGCACGGCUGUGACCCCCAGGCGCAGUGUCUGCCCGGCGAGGGACAGCAGUUCCAGUGCCAGUGCAACACCGGCUACCGCGGCGACGGGCGUAGCUGUUACGACGCGGACGAGUGCGCGGAGGGCGUGGCCGUCUGCGGGGCCCACUCCCGGUGUCUGAACCAGCCGGGGAGCUACAGCUGCCAGUGCAACAGCGGGUACCAGUUCGGCUUUGAUGGGCGCACCUGCAUCGAUAUCGACGAGUGCCGGUCGCAGCCGUGCCACGCCGACGCGUCCUGCUCCAACUCCCUGGGCUCCUUCGAGUGUCACUGCCGGCCCGGUUACCACGGCGACGGAUUCCACUGCGUCCCUCAGUCUGUGCACCCAGAGCGGCCGAAAACCCAGUGUGAGCAGCACAGAGACAGACUACAGGGGGCACCCCAACCUGCCCCUGGGGACUUCGUACCCCAGUGUGACGAAGAGGGCCACUACAGACCCCUGCAGUGCCAUGGCUCCUCAGGGCACUGCUGGUGUGUGGACACUAGGGGGCAGGAGCGAGCAGGGACACGGACGCCUCCUGGGACCCCGCCCACCAACUGCGACCAGCCAGUUCGGCCUCCUCGUCCCCAGACCCAGUGUGAGCAGCACAGGGACAGCCAGCAGGGGCAGGGCGGUUACCCGCUUGUUGGGGGCUUCAUACCCCGGUGUGACGAAGAGGGCCACUACAGACCCCUGCAGUGCCAUGGCUCCUCAGGGCACUGCUGGUGCGUGGACACUAGGGGGCAGGAGCGAGCAGGGACACGGACACCUCCUGGGACCCCGCCCACCAACUGUGACCAGCCAGUGGCCCCCACCCAGCGUCCGGAGACGGUGUGCGAGCGCUGGAGAGCCAGCCUGAUCGAGCACUACGGGGGCCAGCCCGCCCCGCACCACUACCUGCCCCAGUGUGACUCUGUGGGCCAGUUUAACCCCCUCCAGUGCUACGGCGACAGCAGCUACUGCUGGUGUGUGGACAAGGACGGCAGGGAGGUUCCUGGGACACGCUCCCAUGACGCUGUGAAGCCUGCCUGUAUUCCAACUGUGGCCCCUCCCACAGUACGCCCAUUACCUCGGCCCGAUGUCACCCCGCCCCCGUCCGGCACCUCCCUCCUGUACGCCCAGGGCCAACAGAUUGGGGUGCUGCCUCUGAACGGGACCCUGAUGGACAAGGAGAGGGCCUCUGUGCUGCUGGCACUGCAUGGAUCUAUUGUGGUCGGAAUUGACUUUGACUGCCAGGAAAAGAAGGUCUACUGGACAGACCUUGCAGGGCGGACCAUCAACAGAGCAAGGCUUGAGACGGGAUCAGAGCCGGAGACGGUUAUAAACUCAGGUCUGACCAGUCCAGAAGGCCUGGCGGUGGAUGGGCGGAGGAGGCUCAUGUUCUGGGUCGACAGCGGACCCGACAAGAUCGAAACGGCCAACCUGGACGGCAACAACAGACGGGUCCUCUUCAGCUCGGACCUGGUCAACCCUCGCGCCAUCAUAGUGGACUCUGCUGGCGGAACUUUGUACUGGACAGACUGGAAUCGAGAGGCUCCAAAAAUCGAGACUUCUACUGUGGAGGGGCACGACAGGAGGGUGCUGGUGCGCGAUGGUAUUGGGUUACCCAACGCAUUGACCUUUGACCCCUCCAGUAGACAAGUGUGCUGGGCAGAUGCAGGCACCAAGCGGCUGGAGUGCAUCGGGCCGGAUGGCACAGGGAGGAGAGUGAUCCAGAGUAACCUGAACUACCCCUUCAGCCUGGUGUUCUAUGCCAGCCACUUCUACUACACCGACUGGAGGAGGGACGGAGUAAUCGCCCUGAGCCGGGACACCAGCCAGUUUACAGACGAAUACCUGCCGGAUCAGAGGUCCCACCUGUACGGCAUCACCGUCGCCACCCCCUACUGCCUAUCAGGGAGACUGUAAUGACAGAGCCAAAACAAAAUGGUGCUAUUUGGGCAAGUCUGGAAGGGCUUGCAGAGUGAGGACCCCAUGGAGACUGACUCAGAGGACAAGAGGAGGGUGCUCACACAGGUACAAGAAUUCAGUACCUGACACCAACAAGCAAAUCCCACAAGGACAAACCUUUAUUUUUUUUGACAGUUUGUAAACUUGUUUUAUACCUCAUUUUUUCUACUGUAUGUUGUUAUUUUGCGAAAGGCACAGAAAACAAGCUCCUGUCCUUUCGGUCAGAAGCCCUGUUUUUUUUUUUUUUUUUUUUUUUUUGAGAUGUGUAGGAACACAGCAAUGCAGUAUUGUUUUAUCCGUGCACUAAUAUGAAUUUGUAUUUCACAUGAAAUUGCAUUGAAGUCUGCCCGAAAUUUGCUACCACAGUUUUUUAAUCAUUUUUAUCUUUUGUAAGAUGUAAUAUUUAUAACAAUAAAAUGUGAUU